UGUUAAAAGAAGUCAAUAACUAAAAACAGAUCUAGAGAGGUAAGUAAGAGAGAUCGAAGACGAUGAGGAGCUCUGCAUCAUCCGCCAUGAAAGCUGCUGGAGUUUUGGUUCUGCUUGCCGUCUUAACAUCAGUUUAUGCGAAGAAGUCAGGUGAUGUGACAGAGUUGCAGAUUGGUGUUAAGUUCAAGCCUAAGACAUGUGAUGCUCAGGCUCACAAAGGGGACAAGAUCAAGGUCCAUUAUCGAGGAAAGUUAACAGAUGGAACUGUGUUUGAUUCAAGUUUUGAGAGAGGUGACCCUAUUGAGUUUGAGCUUGGGAGUGGUCAAGUCAUUCCAGGAUGGGACCAGGGUCUACUUGGAGCUUGUGUAGGUGAGAAGAGAAAGCUCAAAAUCCCUUCCAAACUUGGUUAUGGGGACAACGGCUCACCACCGAAAAUUCCUGGUGGGGCUACAUUGAUAUUCGACACCGAGCUAGUUGCUGUGAACGGGAAACCAUCCAGCGAAGGAAAGACAAAGAAUGAGCUUUGACCGCAUCCAUCUUCUUCUUAAUUUCUCAUGAAACAUGUUAUGUCUUCAGCAUUUGAAUCUGAAACAUGCUAGAGACUAGACUCGUUACUUUUUGCUAGUUGAGGACAAUAAUUAACGUUAUGGUUGCAGUUCAAAAAUAACAAGGUGGAAUCGCAGAGUCGGAAAACUUGUCUAGAA